CUUUGAUCGUGCCCAUGCCUUAGUGCCUUUUCGUGCCAUGCCAUUUGGGAGCAGCGGAAGCAGACGCCUGGCGGCACUGCUACUUCUUCUUGGACCCUGCUGGCUGGGUGUCAGCCCCGGAAGUCGGAGAAGUUCGAUCCUACGGCGGGCCGCGCCGCAGGAGGUGACUGAUGCGUCCUGGGAGCCGCCUGAGAAGGUCUACUCCAACGCGAUCCGAGCUCUGCCAGGAAGUGCCACGGCCUUCCGCAAGGUCUUGCCCCUGGGCAAGGCCGUGCUGCGGCGGAAGGCGAAGCUGGUGAAGCCUGAGCGCAUCUCCAAGAAGAAGGCCCAGAACGUGGCGGAGGAGCUGGUCUGGGUGAUGCGAGGUCCCAACCUCCCAGGCCGCGAUUUCAAGGGCGGCUUCCUGACGGCGCCCCACCUGGGCACGCCCUCGCGGCUGGUGGUGCUCGAGGACCCACCAAAGGCAGUAGAGAAGCUUUCAGCAGAGGAGCGCGCGCUCCAAGGGCGGGAGGCUCCCUUCAGCUGCAAGGUGAUCUUCAACCCCCGGCUGCGCGCAGCGUCCAACGCGACCUCCGCCUUCUGGGAGCGGGAUCCCAGCAUCCCAGGCUACCGCGCGUUGGUGGAGCGCCCCGCCAAGGUGCAGGUCAGAGGCCUCGACCCGAAGGGUCAGGAGGUGAACUACGUGGCGAGCGGCUGGGAGUCGCGGCUGGUGCAGCAGGCGGUGGAUGUGCUCGACGGCAUGAUGUUCGCAGACCGCUGCGUCAUGCGAUCCUUGUGCCAUUUGGACGCCCGCAACGACCCCCUGCCAGAUGACUGCCCCGCGCUGGGCAUCGGGACGUCCCGCGCCCCCUUGACGGCGGAUCAGCUGGCCGCCGCGGAGACGGGCGGCAGCAAGGGCAUGCUGGGCUUCCUGCCCAGCUUCAUCGCGCCCAGCGUGUUGCUGGCCGGCAGCCUGCUGCUGCGUCUGAAGGCGGCGGAAGUGACAGACUUCUCUGCGGCGGAGGUGCAGGCAGCGGCCAAGGAGCUGCGGGAUGCUCUGGCUAGCGGAGAGCACCCCCUGGGCCUGGCUGCUCCGCAGUUCGGCAAGAGGCUGCGUAUCGUGGCCUUUGGUGAGUCCCAAGAGAGCAUCGACAAGCUCACCACGCGAGCCCAGAUCUCGGAGGAGCACAAAGUCUUCAAGCCUUCGAUCCUGGUGAACCCGGUGGUGAAGCCGAAGCCAGGCUCUGCAGAUGCCUUCUUCUUUGAGCGGUCGGCGAGCGUGCCUGGCUAUGAAGCGGUGGUGGGCCGCGCGCUUGAGGUGGAGGUGAAGGCCCUGGACGAGGAGGGUCGGCAGGUUAGCUUUGAGGCGCGCGGCUGGCAGGCGAGGCAGCUGCAACACGUGGCCGACCUGUUGGAUGGAGUGCUGUACGUGGAUCGCAUGGAGAGGAGAUCUUUCCGGCGAGACAACAUGGAGGAAGACCUGCCGGAGGCGGUGCCCUAUGGGGUGAAGGCAGCAAAAGCGAAGGCCAGCGCAGGCCGGAGGAAGGUGCGGUGAGGUGCUGGUGGUCGUUGCAAUCUUCGACCCGCAAGUGAGGGGACAAACACCGAACGCGCGAGGGGGGCUUCCGAGGUGCGGGGAGUUGGAAGAUGG